UGCCUCCGACGUGGGCAAGCCGGGCGACUUAUCAUCGCGACUGGAUGAAGAAGAUGAUGCGACGCAGCGAUCUCCCCUUGGGUCCCACGGUGGAAAAGUCGAAGGACCCCUCGCCUCCGAGAGUGAGGCCGGACCGGGACUUACAGGGAGCUACGGAACGAGAGACUGUGGACAGAGAACGCUCGACAGAACGAUACGGCAGGGUUCCGCUGUCUGACGCGCAGAAUAAGAUGUCCUCGGAACAAAAGGCCGACAAAGUGACCGAGGGCGAAUCCAUCCUCCACACCCCGAUCGUGGUAUACAAGAACUCCACCUUCAACAAACGAAGCCCAACCAAGAGAGACUCACAGGAUCUACUCCGAAAGCUGUCACGGGCGGAGAGUCCGGGACAACCAAGUCUCGACGAAUUUAAAACCCCAGAGGCUCAGAAAGUCACCCAGAGACCUCGAAUCUACGACAAAACGCCGAUUGUGACUGGUGCUUGGAUUGAUACUCCGAUGACUGAGCGAGUUGACAAAUUCCCGGAAGAGCUGUCGCGCGAUAUCGUGCCAUCGCCACCACAGAAUACCCGACAUGCAUCAUCUUUCCUGCCUCGAGAGUCUCGUAUUAGCGAAGUGUCAGAGCCCUCUGAGCCAGAGGCCCUUAGCAAACCGGAGAUUGAAGAGGCAAAACGGAAGCAAGAAGGGACUAGCGUCGUCAAGGAAGAACCGGCAGUAGAGAACAAGCUCAAGGAGGACAGAGCAAGGCCGGAAGGCGGAAGCCUCGGUAAGGAAGGCCAAAAAGAAGAUUCCAAACAGGCGAAGCAACGAGUUGAGCAACCGAAAGCGGGUCAGAAGACGAAGCCGAUGAACAAGAGACCAUUGAUCAAACCAGACUUACCCAAGAGCGCACUAGAGACGGUGUUGCAGGAUUUCAAAGCAAACAAGGGAGAACUUGACGUCGGCGACGAUACGAUCGAGUCGCUCCAGGGGCUUCUUGAGGGUAAACCGAGUGACAGUGUCUCUGCUGAAGAGGAUGAUGCUGCGUACGAGAAGGCUAUCCUGAAGAAACUCGAGCUUGCAGGUUCCGGCGACAACGAGACCGUGGAUCUAGACCGGCUGAACGAGAAACUAAAAUCUCUUGCUGAUAACAUUGAAAAGGUGAAAUCAGGACUGAAGAGUCUGGAGGAGCAGGUUUCUCGCGACGCAGACACUUUAACUACACCCUCAAACAAAGAAUCACGAAACUCACGAGCGACCACCUGCGCGAAGUGCCAGGCCGAGACCGAAGGUCGCGUUUACACCAUCGUCUCCUUCCCGCGGCUUUGGAAACGCGAUCCCAUCUCCCGACGCCUCCGGCCCACGGGCCUCGGCUGGUGUCUGCUCAUCUUCCUGGCCUGGCUCUACUCCGAAUCCACCAUGUGCGGCUACUACUGCCACCCUCUGGUCUCGAACGUCUGCGAAGGCAACUGUCUGCAGCCCGACGCGCCCCAAUUCCCAUACGUCAUCCCAACAAUGCUCUACCGCUGGCUCAAUCUGUCGACCGUCUUCGCCCCACUCUGGACCAUCGCGAUAGCCGCUUUCAGAUUCCUCGCCCUCUCUCUCGGCCUCUGGGACGGAUACGUGGAGGAGGGCCCCCGCCCGCUGAAUCUCUCGGGUGAGAUCCGCCUCCACGGCACCCGCGUCGUCAGUCUCGCCGAAUCAACCGGUAUCGCCGCCACCAGCGCAGGCCGAAGCUUCUUCUCACCGUCCAGACUGUGGUCCGGCAAGGAAGAGCAACGACCGGUCGUCCCCGAGGCUGUGCCGGAGUUAGACCUGAAUGCAGGCCGUAAUCCCGGGAGCAUCCAUGCUGGUUCCGGCUCCUGGGAAGAGGACGGGUCGAUGGACGAUGAUGAGAUUCUUUAAGGAUGGUGCAAGGGGAUUGUGGAUGCUAC